AUGAAUCCUACUAGCAACACUUCAAGCAAGAAAAGGAAAUCUCAGGAUGCUCAACCAUCUUCUGGUUCUGUUGUUAAUGAACAAGAGAGCAGGCCUGAAGGUGUUAAGGCAAUGAAAGCAAGAAGGUAUAGGGGAAAAGAGAAGGCUGGAGCUUCUUGUGAGUAUCCAACCCUGUGGGAGAAUAAACAGAAGAUGUCGAUACUUGACACUCUCUUAGCCAAGAACCAACCACUGUGGGAGAAUAAACAGAAGGACAAUGAGGCAAAGAAGGAACUUCAAAAGAUGUCGAUACUUGACACUCUCUUAGCCAAGAACCAACCACUUGAUGAAGAUGUAAAAGCUCUUAAUAAAAAGCUCAUGGCUGAACUAUUCUAA